CUGCGGCUGGCGCCCGGGGAGCCGCAGGAUGCAGCCGCCGGGGCCCGUCGCCCUGCUGGACCCGGCAGGGCAGUUUGCAAAAAGAAAGAAAACUUCAUUCUGGUUCACAGUUUCUCUGCUGGUUGUGUCUGUUUUCAUACUGACCAUAGGCCUUGCAGCUACCACAAGAACAGAAAAUGUUACCGUGGGAGGCUAUUACCCAGGAAUCAUUCUUGGCUUUGGAUCUUUCCUAGGGAUUAUUGGCAUCCAUCUGGUGGAGAACAGGAGGCAAAUGUUAGUGGCAUCUAUCGUUUUUAUCAGCUUUGGAGUGGUGGCAGCUUUCUGUUGUGCAAUAGUUGAUGGAGUAUUUGCAGCACGACAUAUAGAACCUAGGCCGUUGUAUAACAGAAGGUGCCAGUUUUAUUCAAGUGGAAUAGGAUUCUUAUAUGAUGCCUACCAGACAGAGGUAAUGUGUUACACCUUAAACAGCAAAUGCCAGCUUAAAGUGAAAAGUAACACAUGCUACUGCUGUGACCUUUACAACUGUGAAAAUUCAGAGCAGUCACCCAGCUACUAUGAAUUCCUUGGAGUGAACAGCUGUCAGGAUGUGAUUCAUUUAUACCGACUGCUGUGGUCCUCCACAGUCCUGAAUAUCAUUGGAUUGUUUCUUGGGAUAAUCACGGCAGCCAUACUUGGGGCAUUUAAAGACAUGGUACCUCUGUCACAAAUUGCUUUCAGCUCUGCCCCUCCUCCUCAGAUCCUGUACAAUCCAGCUCAGCAGAUCCUGACAUAUGCUGGCUUUUGUCCCUCUGCAGCAGCCAUCCCUGCAUACUCAUCAUAUCCUUUACCUCUCCAGCCUGCCAGCAAUUUUCCAGGAUCGUCAUCUACAGAUAUUUCUUUAUCUGAUGAUACUCAGCCUCCAUCCCACUCCAGCUCUAAUUAUGGUCUACCUCCAAAUGCUCCACCACUAUAUACACCAACUUAUUUCCUGCCAGGGGAAAAACCGCCACCAUAUGCCCCCUAGAGCAGAGAAUUAUAUUUCAAACAGUCCUGCCCCCCCACCUUUCUUUAAAGAGACAGACACCUUUGGAAACUGCUGCACAGGCAGCAGACUAUCAAAGAAACUAUAUGGUGUGCUAUGAUUGUUCAAUUUUUACUUACAGGUCACUAUGACUAAACAGAAUGCUGGAAGCCUAUUGCAGGUGUAUCACCCAGAGGAAGUUCUUAGUUACCACUCGGUUUUUAUGUAGUCAGCAGCAACACUGCUUUCUGGCUAGCAUAAGCAUGACUUUUCUUCUCAGCAUAAUACCUAGUGACUUUUUCUUAGUAGAAAAAACAAGAAAACAGAAAAACAAACCACUCACUUUGGAUGCUUGGUUCCAUUUUUGUAAACUGAUAAUAGAGUGGUUUUGUAAUUUUGAUUUAGAAAUCUUAUAGUAUGUACUAUAUGAGUGGGUAGUCAGUGGCUUUGAAUCAUUCUGGAUAGAAAAACUAGAAUUUAUUUACCUUAAUAUUAUUCUUUAGUAGCCCCUUUCUGGUGAAAGCUUUCUAAUAAAAAUAGCAUGGCAAUUAUUUUAUAACUGAACAGGCCAUGUUUAUAUCCAAGACAGCAUGAAUUUCACAAGGAAGGGGAAGCACAGUACAGAGGUAAAGUAUCCCAAUUAGCUUUACGCUACUAUGAAAGAUGAAGUUCAAAUAUUACACUUUAAUGGGGCUGUUUUAAUUCUCUUGUCUGAAAUGUGUGAAUAUAGUACCAGUCCAGUUAAGUUAUGUCAGUGUGUUGCAGGUGCAAUUUCCAGAUAAGUAUUUAACCUAUAUAUUUAUUAAAGUGUUAAAAGUUCUGUAUUUUUCCAUAUACUGUAGAAAGUAGAUGAGAUUGUAACAAAAUGAGUUCUUUUCUACUACAGGAAAAAAUAAAACGAGACAAACCAGAAGACCUUGAAGUGGUGUGUGCUGACCUCAAGUAUUCUUAUUUAAA